UUUGUUUAUGAUCCAUCGAGUUAAAGUCGCAAGUAAUCGAGACGCAAUCGUGAGCAUACUGAUUUAAAAUUUUGUUUGAGUUUUGUUUAUAGACAUCCUGGUGUGUAUCAAGCUUGACUUGAUUAGGUUUUACAAAAUGUCAGAAGAUACUGACCAACUCUUUGAUCCAACUAUGAAAAAAAAGAAAAAGAAAAAGGUUCCCAUCAACCUAGAUGAUCUAGAUACUCCUGAACCUGCUGCUCCAAUAGAACAACCAAAAGUAGAAGAAAAUUUAGACAUUGAAAAACGAAAAACUGAGAAGUCAGUUAUUACAGAAGAUCUUGACGUUGAUGACUUUUCAAGCUCAAAAAAGAAGAAAAAAAAGAAAAGAGGCCAGGCUCUUUUUGAAAUUGAUUCAUUGGGUGAAGCACUGCCUAGUGUUGGAUCAGAUGUGCAAACAGAUGAAGAUGCUGCCGCAAAGCAAAUUGCUGAAGAUGAAUUGCGUGAAUACACUUAUGAUGAACUUUUAAAGCGUGUAUUUGACAUAAUGCGUGCUAAAAAUCCAAACAUGAUUGAAGGUGGCAAACGAAAGUUUGUAAUGAAACCUCCCCAAGUUGUUCGUGUUGGAACAAAAAAAACUUCAUUUGUGAACUUCACUGACAUUUGUAAAAUUCUCCAUAGACAACCUAAACAUCUGCUUGCUUUCUUAUUGGCAGAAUUAGGGACAAGUGGUACUGUUGACGGAACAAAUCAGUUAAUUAUAAAAGGAAGAUUUCAACAAAAACACAUAGAAAAUGUUCUUAGACGAUAUAUAAAGGAAUAUGUCACGUGUCACACCUGUCGCUCACCAGACACUAUUUUACACAAAGAAACUCGUCUGUUCUUUUUGCAAUGUGAAACGUGUGGAUCACGUUGCUCUGUACAAAGCAUUAAAUCUGGUUUCCAGGCCGUCACGACAAAGAGAGCACAGUUAAAAAAUAAACAACAAUAGAUAUUAAUAAAAUUAUAACUUUGGCUCUAAGGCCAAUAUAAAAGUUUAUAUCUUUUGUAAUCCCUAUUCGAAAAACCUAAAAUAUCACAGAAAUAAAAUUUUUGUUGAGA